AUGUCUAAGAACAAGAGUAGAGCUAAGGGUAAGGCUAGAAAGGGGGCUGGUGUAAAAGCUAAAGCAGGUAAGGAGGCUCUUGGCAUGGUCAGGCUGGUAGCCAAGACCCAGGCCAAGGCAGGGUUUGAGACCGGUCCAGUAGCAGAGAAGAAAGCCAGGUCUAAAACUAAGAUUGCUUCUGAGCAAAGGAAAGAACGAGUCCGAUCAGAACCUAAGUCUACGGCCAAAGCCAAGUCUAAGGCCAGUGUUGCAUCCAGGUGCACAUGUAAAGAUGAUUCUGGUAUUGAUGCCUGGUUCUGGGAUGGGGAAGAGGCCAGUAUUGGCUCCUGGUUCUGGAAUGGGGAAGAGUUUGGUGAUGGUGUCUCGUCCUUUGAGGAGGAGUUGAGUAUAGAGCCUGUGACCGAAACCAACUGCAAGCCCAUGCCAAGGGCAGAGGAGGAAGAGGGAGAAGACAUUUUUGGAAACUGGUUUUGGGAUGGAGAUGAGACUAGUUUUGACCCUAAUCCUAGAUCUGUGAGCAGGAUAGUUAAGGCCAAGGUUGAAGAUGGAUUAGAUGAACAAAACAGACCCAAGGACUGGUCUGAGGCAAGUAUCUGGUCCAACACCAUUGCUGAAAUUUCAGCAAUGUUAGCAUUGAGGGCAAGGCCUCCUUCCUACAUUGCCCUGCCCACAGCUAGGAAAAACACCCUUUCUUUGACUGCAGCAGAAGUCAGUUUUUGUGAGGGCACUACCAUAUGCCUGCAGUCAGUACAGGAGCACCCCUUUGAUUCUGAGACUUGCACUCAGACCAUAGAGGAGAUCAGAAGGCAACUCAGGAUCAGAAAGUUGAAUGGGAUUAAGCCAUUUCCUUGUCCUUGCAAGAUGGAGUGCUGCCUGGAUUCUGAGGAAUUUGAAAAACUUGUAGGCUUACUUAAGUCAAAUUCUGAUCCUGUCAUUCACAAAAUAGCUCAAAUUGCAAUGGGUAUCAUUAAAGUUCAUCCAUUUGCCCAACAAUUCAUUAAUGAGUUGGGUGUGCUGACAGUUAUUGAAAGCUUGCUCAAUUUUGAAUCCCCUGAUGUGACAAAGAAAGCUGAAAUUACUCUGAAUCCCAUUUCAGUGCGUGAACGACGGCGCAUGAUUGAUAUACACGUUGUGCACAUGUGUAAGGAAACUGUUUCUUUCCCCUUGAACUCACCUGGACAACGAUCUGGAUUAAAGGAACUGGGACAAAUCUCCACUGAUUCUGACCAUCACUGCAUUGUUUCCUGUUACCUUUCAGAGCUUUUCCACAUACUGGCCCAGGGAAAUCGUAAAACCAGAAAUCUUGUUUUGAAAGUACUUUUGAAUAUGUCUGAAAAUCCCACUGCAGCAAUAGAUAUGAUUGAAACCGAGGCAUUAUCGGUAUUGAAGCUCAUCUUCAACCAGAAAGAGGCCAAAGCCAACCUGGUUUCUGCUGUGGCCAUAUUUAUUAAUAUAAAGGAGCAUAUCCGAAAGGGAUCGAUUGUAGUUGUUAAUCCCUUGAGUUAUAAUGAACUCAAGGCCAUGUUCCGUGAAAUUAAAAUGAUUAUAGAGAAACUGUAA